AAAGAGAAAAAUAUAUACAUUAAACAAAUAAAAGGCCUUAAUGAAGAAAAAAAGAGUUUAAUGUCAAGUGUUAAUAAUAUAGAAAAUAAAAACUAUAAAUUGGAGGAAGCUAUAUCUGCCUUAAAAUCACGAAUAAAGGUACUUGCAAAGGAUAAAAAAACUCUGAAACAACAAGUAAAUCAGUUGGAUCAAGAAAACAAAGAUAUUAAAAGAUUUGAGCAUGAGCAGAACAUGGAUAA